AUCCCCCCUUCGUUUUUAUGUAUAUCACUUCUCCCACAUUAUUUUGCGUGAAUUCGCGUCUUUGUUGAAUCGUGUCAUCUCUUUACUUCAAUCGCUACGAAAUCACUGCCUUACAUUUUAUUCAAUAGGAACGUACACACACGCAAAUAUUUUUUUCUAGAUAGAUUUAUUCUUUGAUAUUCCGUAACAACCCAUUAACAAAAGAUGUCUGGAAAUCCCUCCACGAAAGAUACGACAGUGCUUUGUGUGUUGACUGGAGCCAGUCGUGGUUUUGGACGGAGUUUAGCCGUGGCAUUGAGCCAAACGUUCAAAUCAGACUCGGUUUUCAUCCUCCUAGCUCGAUCGAUGAAUGAUUUAGAAGCUGCCAAAGAAGAAAUGCUACAAAUGUCCAAUCUUUCUCCCGAUCAUAUACUUCCGUUUUACCUUGAUCAGGGCCAAUUCUCUGCAGAUAUAGCAACAAAAUUAUUCCAAGAUAUUCGAGCACAGUUAAGUAAACUGCGACAACAAUUCCACAAAUACUUACUAAUUCACAACAGCGGUACCCUGGGCGAUAUCACCAAGAAAUCUUCACAGUUCGGUGACUUCGACGAAAUCAGUGCUCACUUCAACGUCAAUGUAAGUGGAAUGAUUGCGUUGAAUACCAAAUGCCUGGAACUCUUUGACGACAACAGCAAAUGUAUAAUAGUCAACAUUUCAUCACUAGCAGCUAUCCAACCUGUGAAUUCCUUCUCUUUAUACUGCGCCAAUAAAGCAGCUCGCAACAUGUAUUUCAAAGUGUUGGCUGGAGAAGAGAAAGACCUUCGUAUAUUAAAUUAUGCUCCUGGACCACUUGACACAGACAUGCAAAAAAAUGUUCGUGAAAAUGCAGUCGAUGAUACAAUCAGACAACAAUUUACAGAAAUGUUCAAUUCAUCAAAACUGGUCUCCUGUGAAGACAGUGCUGAGAAGUUGAUAGACCUUCUAGAGAAGGAUACAUACACCAACGGAGACCACAUAGACUAUUACGAUGACUAAAUACUUGUAUUUUUUAAGUCACACCCUCCCUCUUUCUCUGUGAACAAGAGGCUGUGUCUUGAGUCAACCCAUUUGUGACUGUGUGUUCGGAAAAUGAUGUCCAUGUGUUAAAAUUAAUUUUGAAAAAAGAAUUAAUGAAAUAGGGGAAAAUUUAGUUGAAUAACUAAGUUGUAGGGAGUAGAUAGGCUACCAUUUUCCUGGUUUUAUACACUGCUUCAGUUAAUUUUGAGAAUGAAGAAUUUAGUAAUAUAACUUUUUUGUUAUAAAAUGAUAAUAAUAAUAAUAAUGAACUUACUGUAUGCAGAACUCAGGUGUGCUAUAACUCAUCAGAAAAAGUAACUAAAACUUCAUAAUGGGUACAUAGAAUAUGCAUAGGAAGUAAACAGUUAAAAAGUUGUUUUUUUUUUUAAAAAAACAAAAAAAAAACAGGGGCAUGGGGAAUCAGAUGUACUGUUUACGAGUUUCAGGAAAUUUUGAAGGAUGUAGUGUCCCAAUGGCCAGCAGGGUAGUUUAUUCCAUACUUCAUCGAUUCUGAAUGUGAAAAAAAAUGUUUCUGAAAGUCAUAGAUACUGUGUUGUUUUUUUGAUUUUGUAAGUAUGUCCAUGAGCGUUUGACAUUUGGAAUUCAAAAAGGUACCCAAGAUUGUUAUUGGAAAGCUGGUGUUUGGGACAAGGUCACUUUAAAACAGGAAGUCUGUAUCAUAGAACCAGGGUCAGUCUCAAGCAGGUCGAUAUUAGAAGGGGUUAUAAAAAUUUUACCAUUUAUGUCACAUGACUAGACAUCAUUAUAAAAGACUUUGGGAAAUGACUGCCAUAAAGCAUUUUGUCCUUUCGCUAUAUUUCUGUAGAGAUUCAUUACUCUUGUUUCAAUUAAUUUUUUAAAUAAUGGAGAAUUUCGUGAAAUAACUUUGCUAGUGUUUGUAACGUAAAUUAACAUGAAAUAUACCAUAUUUUAACUUGUAUAAGGAACCCUUUUUUGUCAAAAAUUAGGUUAAAAAAUAUGGGAGUUUCCGCUGACAAAACAUUCAAUUUUUUUUCUCCGUAUUCUUUCUGUUGAAGAGCGUAACUCGAAACGUUAAAGACUUUCUGUAUUCCCGAGCGUUAAACUAAUACAUCCUUUUGUUGUAUACACCACCUGUCCUCGUCUGUUGUUUUUUUUUCGUAAAUUCUCCGAUAGUAUUAUAAUUCCUUACAACACCUUUUUUUUUCCAAAUUUUAAGCCCCCCAAAAUUAGAGGGUUCCUUAUACACGUUAAAAUACGGUAAAUCACUUUAAAAUUGGAAGUUUGUAAUGUGGCAUUAGAGACUGUCUCAGACAGGUUGGUAUCAAAACGGUAAAGCCAGCACUAAAUGUUUCUUGACCAGACAGUUUGAGAAACAGUAAAGCAUUUAAUCUUUGUUAUAUUUCUGUUGAAAUACUCUACCUUUAUUCAAUUAAUUUUGAAAAUAAGAAAGAAUUUAGUAAAAUAACUUUGUCAUUAUUAAGCUAAUGUUUGGAACAUAAAUUAGCAUGAAAGAAAUGUUGCUAAGCAUUUUUAUCAGACAGUUCUGCCAGCUUGCCCCCUUAGCAACAACAAUAAUAAUUCUUUCUAAUUUUGGCACAAAGCCAGCAGUUUUGAGGGGGAGGGAGCAAGUCAGUUACAUCAUUCCCAGAACUGGACUGGUAUUUUAUUUUACCAACAUUGAAAUGAUGAAAGGCAAAGUUGACCCUCAGUGGAAUUUGAACUCAGAACAGAGAGUACCAGAAGAAACACCACAAGGCAUUUCAUCCAGUACUCUAAUGCAGGGGUUUUCAAACUUUUUGACUUGUGGACCCCUUUAUAUUUCAGGCUUUACCCUUAUAAACGCUUAUGAAAUUUAUACAUAAAUAUUUGCUUAAAAUAACAUAUAUUUUUACAUUUAUUUAUUUAACAGUAUUUAACAAAUAGGUUUAUUGUCAAUUAAAAGAUUUCGAUUAAAAAACAUAUAUAAAAUCAAAUUACCCAUAAAAAGUAUUUGCUGUCUACGGACCCCCUGUCUUGUCCUUGCGGACCACAGUUUGAAAGCCCCUGCUCUAAUGAGUCUACCAAUUCAGCACCUUAAUAACUGGAAUAAUAGUAAUAAUGAUAAGAAAAAGGUAACGAGCCAACAGAAUCAUUAGCAUGCUGGGUAAAACGCUUAGCAGCAUUUUGUCUGGCUUUACGUUCUGAGUUCAAAUUCCACUGAGGUUAACUUUGAUUUUUAUUCUUUCAGGGUCGAUAAAAUAAAUAUCAGUUGAACACUGGGGUUGAUUUAGUUGGCUUAUCUCCUUCCCCAAAAUUGUUAGUCUUGUGUGAAAAUUUGAAACCAAUAACAAUACGAGGAAAUUCAUUUAUGAUGAUGAUGAUGAUGAUGAUGAAAACAGUCAACUCCUUAAAUGUCUUAAGAUAUAUUUUUCAUCUUAUUAUUACUUUUUUCUUUUUUGUUCUCCAAAUUUAAUUUGAGUGUGAAAUUCCUUUUCAGAUUUCAAAACACAAAAAAAAAAAAAAAAAAAAAA